GCAAUUCUAUGCUGACAGUUAUUUUUAGUCUAUGUAUAGUUUAGGAAAUUUAUUUUAUCUUAACAUUUGUAUUUGUUAUUCAUAAAUGAAAGUGAAAUUAAAUGAGAGCAGUAGGCGAUCACGUGUUUACAUCGUUGUAGUAGGGAGAGCGAUAUCCAGAGUACGUACUACAUCCGUGAUUAGAUGAACAUGGCGCAGGGGAAGCAGGCCAUCGGUGGACUGUAAACAAACGGAAAUUUUGGGAUAACAUCGACAUCGUACCAUGCACGUGUGAAAUGGUCUCAAUCCCGAUAUACUGGACCACUUGUUCUGCUUCAUUGAUGACUACGAGGCGACAGAUUGAGUGCAACACAUCCAAUUGCAUUCAUAAACAUUUCUAUAGGACUUCAAACCCCUGAGCACUCAGUGUUUGGAUAUUUAAACAACAAAAAAAAGCCUUGUUUUAUUGUGGAUGGCGUCCUUGCAUGACCAAAUGGCUGCAACUGGAAAAGUAAAACGGAAUAAUGAUCUGCCCAAAGGCGUUGAGAGGUUAAAAGAGGAGCACAGAAAGGUCAAGAGUAACGUUUAUUUUAUAUACCACCAAUGCAUUCCUGCAGAUAUCAAAGCAUAAUGUCCAUGCACGUGAUUAAUCCUCAGCAUCGAUUCAUUUGUCGUAUGUUUAUGUUGUUUUUGGAGUAUAGUCGCAGUAUUACACGUUUCGUUCUCUGGAAAGUUCUUUGUGUAUCACGUGUUGCUGUUGGCUAGCUUGGUGUAUGUGUGUCUCUGAUACUUUGCAAUAAAAUGCAUGUACAUAUUUAUAAGCAAUGUAUCUAAGUAAUGUUAACAGUAAAUUAUUAAUGUACAGUAGCUUGAAAACAGUCUUUGUUCCAGCACAUGUUGUCCACGCUGCCAAAAUGCAUACAGCAAGCAGAAGCUUACAGUACUGUUACAGUAGGUAGUUUACAUGCUGUGAAAUGACUCUAUGUGAAGGUAAGGGUUAACUGACCUAUUUAUAUUUGCAUGGUAUUUUGGGUGAUAUGAGUAGGUGAAAGGCAAACAAACAGCGUCUUUUACCUUUGUGUUGACAUUGGAGGAUAAACCUCAACUGGCCAGAUAUGAAAGAUACAUUUGUACUGCUUCAUUUCAACAAGACUGGAAGAGUUUUGUUUAGAAGAUCUGGAAAGUUCUGUGUUGCACUGCCCUCAGCAACACGUCUUUAAGAAGAGAGAAAAUGAGAACAACAAAAUGCAUGUCUGUGCAUGCUGGUAGACAUGCUUCAUGUUGUUUUAUUGGUGGGUGGUGAAAGAUUGCAGAAGUCAAAUUGAGCACUGGAAAAAAGUGGAAAAUGACUAUGAAUCUCUUCAAGAUCGCCUCAGGACUUUGCCUGACAAGUUGUCUUAUGAUAUUACGGUACCAUUUGGACCCUUGGCUUUCAUGCCGGGAAAGCUGGUUCACACUAAUGAGUUAACAGUGCUCCUCGGGGAUAACUGGUUUGCAAAGUGUUCUGCCAAACAAGCUGAUGCUCUUGUGGAACACAGAAAGAAACAUGUCAAAAAUACGCUAGAUGACUUGCAGAAAGUGAUGAAGAACUUUCAGAACAGAGCAGACUUUACAGAUGAUAUUGAAAAACUGACUGGUGAUACUGGAGAUUUUGUCGACAUUAGAGAAGAGGUUAUAAAUGAGGAAGAAGUUGCCAAAGGAAAACAUCGUUUGGCCCACAAACCCCACUCUAAUCCUAAGCAGGAGUAUUUGUUGGAGCUGGAAGAGGAUGAGGAGAAGAAAGAAGGCGAUGAAGAGAGAACAACAGGGGUGCUGUCAGAGGAGGAGCUGUGGGCUCGACUUGAUGAACUUGAACGUGAGGAGGAACUUCAAGAUGAGAGAUACCGAUUGGACAGCACAGACACUAAUGGAGAAGACACCACUUCCUCCUCAGAGGAAGAGAAGGAAGCAGAUGGUGGCAGCAGUGUCCAGGUUAAUGGCCAUCAGAACGAAAAUGGCUGGGUACCGUCAUCUAUCACAAGUCAGAUGAACGGCACUAAUGGCUCGCACCCUGAGGAUGAGGAGGAGGAAGAUUGUGAUGAGGAAGCAGGCAAUGGUCUUCCAACUAUCUAUUUUUCUCAUACUGCAGAAUUCAAAAAGGUCAGGAUAAAUACAGGCAAGAACACCACUCUAAAAUUCAGCGAAAGAAAUGAACAAAAGGCGCAAGCCAAGCGAAAAAAGAAAAGUGGCAAAAGCAACGGCCAUUCUCCUCAUGAAUGUUACAAGAUCACAAGCCCAGCAGACAUUUAUAGGGUGUUUGUGGACUUGGUGAAUGGAGAGCCAAUACCACGCAAGUCCAUUUUGAAGUCCCGCAGCCGCGAGAACAGCGUGUGCAGUGACACCAGCGAGAGCAGCACAGCUGAUUUCGAAGAGCGCCGUGCUGUUUUUGGACGCUCGUGGAGCCAUGAUGACGCCACACACAGUGAUACCAGCGAUGGCAUUACAGAGGAGGAAAGCCCCACUGGAAUGAGCCCCCGCACUAACGGACGCUUUGAGGCUUUUACAGGCACAGUGAUUGAAAAGGAUCCCCUGCCUUGCUCCAUCCCACACCUGACCAUCGCUGCUCCUGCCUUACCCACAAUUCCUGAGAGGAAGCUGGAGGAGGUGGGCCCCGAAGCUCCUCAAGAGCCACCCAAGAGGAUGUCCAAGUUUAAAGCUACACGGUUACAUCAGAAAUGAGAGUUCAUCUCAUCAGCACACAACUUCUGAAUUAACAGUAACACUUAUUGACUGACUUUCUCACUAGCUGUCUUCUUCCUCUGUCCUCCAUGCUAUACUGUCAUCUGUCUGUCUUUCCUUUUUUUGGGGGGACAUGCCAUGCACCCUCAACAUUUUAUUUCCUCUUUAAGUAAUUAAUAGAGAUUAUAAAUUAUUUCCCUAAAGUAUGCUUUUUUAAAAUGCCAGAUGGUUUGUUUAAAAGGAUAGUUCACCAGAAAAUGUAAAAAACUGUCAUUUACUCACCUCACCGCUUUUCGUCUCUUUUCUUUUUUGGAACACAAAGGAAGCUAUUUUGAAGGAAGUUAGAAAUUGUUGUCACACAGAAGAAAGACAUACAGGUUUGAAUUGUCAUGAGGUUGAUUAAAUGAUGACAGAAUUUUCUCUUUUGUGUGAGCUAUCCCUUUAAAUUAUGAAGAAGUUGCACAUGUUGGUAACUUUUGUGUGUAUUAGUUUAGAUAAAUAAUAGUUAAAAAUAGAAUGGAAAAAUUUAAAUGCUAAAAUGUUUUCAAAACAAACAAAAUAGUAGUGUUAGCGACAUCAUGACUACUGUCAUUGUUGUGAUCUGGUCUUUGGAAAAUGCUUUAUCAAUUUGUUAAUUCAAGACAUUUAUGUGCAACUUUGACCUAUGUUGGUCAUGAAAUAGCUGCCAAUUUCUGUCAGCUUAAAAAAAAAAAAUUUUUAUCCCUUCUGCACUUCGUCUCUGACUCUCCCUUAUCUCGUUUUGUAUCUUGUUUUGUAUUGUUUACAGAGUUUUGGCUUUGUACAUCAGCUUUUUUUGUGAAAUCUGGGAAAAUGUUGAUGUAACUGAAAAGGAAAAAAAGAAUAAAUGAUUUUGACUGUACAA